AUGUCUUCCUGGAGUAAUGGACCGAAAAGUGUCCAAAACUAUCACAGAAAAGUAGUGGAAAGCGAAGCAGCAAGGAUAUCGAGGUUGAUUGCGCAAUUCUUUCGAUUGAAAGAAUUGGGUGAAUGUGGGGAGGAGCGUUCAUUAUCCUUUGCUUCGGCGGCCGGGGGUGUUUUCUGCUCCAAAGGGUCAGGGAAGCAAUGGCGGCUUUUAUGGAUGGAUGCACGUGAGGAGUAUUCAUCAACCCUCUGGCGUUGGCGGGUUUCUGUGAUGGACAGGAAAAUCAUGGCUGUACACAGCAGUGGAUAG